CUUAACUCAGAACAUAAAAUGAAAAUCGAAAAAAAUAUUCAAAACAUUGACUCUAUUGACCGGUCGAAACGAUCUCAACUAGCCAACAAACUAGCCAUAAACAAUAGUUCAUGAGCUACUGAGUGGACAGCAAGACUGUUUUUAUUUGAGCGACCGCACUUGUCAGCACCGUGACUAGCACGUCGAUUGCGAAGUGAAUUGAAAAUGAAAAUUUAAUCAAAAAAUAAACUUCUAUUUCUCGGAUGGACUCAAGUCUAGAUGGAGCCACCCAACUGAAAAUGAACUUUUCAUUAAACUGUUUCUUUUUUUAUCUUUUUGCAGGUCGCAAAGAAAAGGAUCCGUCACAAGCCAGGUCGAAACAUGACAUCGAAUCUUCGCCAUGCAAAUGCUUCUUUGGCAAAAAAUGAUUCAACUCGUUGUAAAGAAAUGGAUUCAAUUAAUAGUAUCAACAAUUCACCCAACAUGGAGUGUAAUCGUAAUUACAAUACAAUAACCUCUCAUGAUGGUACCAAUGCUGUUGCAAAUGAAAAUACUCCUGAUUCAGCGUCAAACAGUGUUUAUAAUGAGAGCAUACAAAGUGAAGAGAUAAUUAGAUCUGUUGAUGUUAAGCUGGAUUCUGGUUCAAAUAAAAGUUCACUCAUUUUACGAUCAACUAAUCCUUCUUCAGGCCAUUCUAAGGCUUACUGUCAAGUGGCGAGUAAUGCUGGACCGAAAGAGUCUCUGGAAGCUAAACGGGAACGUAAAGCGGCUAAAACUUUGGCCAUUAUUACUGGAGUUUUCGUCAUUUGUUGGUUACCCUUUUUUAUUCUCGCUUUAAUUCGGCCCAUCUGUGGUGACUCUUGUUCCCCACCGAAAAUGGUUCAGAGUAUAUUUUCAUGGCUUGGAUUCACCAAUUCAACUCUUAACCCAAUAAUUUACACAAUUUUUAGCCCCGAGUUUAGAACUGCUUUCCAACGAAUCCUUUUAGGUCGCCAAUCCAAUUCAAGAGCUUCUUGUAAUGUGUGACUAUUGUUGAUCAAAUGUCAACUUCAUCUUUACGUGCUCUUUUGUAAAUCAUCAUUAAAAAUAAAUAUAUUAUUAUCACUCUGUU